GCAGGACGAGACCAACGCUAGCAGGAAGAGGUCGGCGUCAACUUGCACGCAACCGCUCUUGACCUUGCUGCGGACGCCAAAGAACGCAGCGUCCAGACAGAGAAAACAUGGUAACCACCAUGCCACACUUAUCAGCCAGCUCGGGAAUGAGGUUGUCAAAAGAACAUUUCCUGGUCGCAGUGCCUGUGGCGGUUGUCGCAGCCAUAGGAGGCUUCCUCGUCAGCCGUUACUUGAGCGGCCGGAGCUGCAAAAGGGGCCCGGUGAACACGUGCAUCAGCAAAGAUAGUCCCAAAGUGGUGCACAGUUUUGACAUGGAGGACAUUGGCUCCAAGGCUGUGUACUGCCGCUGCUGGAAGUCGAAGAAGUUCCCUUACUGCGACGGCGCCCACAGCAAACAUAACGAGGAAACCGGCGACAAUGUGGGUCCCCUCAUCAUCAAGAAGAGGGAUGUUUGAGCCAACCAAUCCUGACUUUGGCACCCCCUCCCCUGUUUGUCCGAGCGGCAUUAUGAUGUCGCAAGGACAGUUAUGGUAUUAUGUUGUCACAACAAUUCACACAGGCCUCAGUAGAAUCUGCUAACCCACAAAUUGAUAUGAAAGUAUUAUGAGUAUGAGUAAAAUGAAAUUACACAUUUGCAACAAUGAAUGGUCAUAUGUGGCAUUGUUAAAGGCUUGACCCAUUUUGGAAUGGUUUGUGUGAAAAGUUACACUUGACCUGAUAUAAGGGAACUGAAAGCCUGAAAAUCAGUUCAUUCCAAGACACACUACAAAGACGAUUGUUGCAUGUUUUAUUUUUGUGCUAAGUGCUAAGCUAAGAGCUAGAUGUUUGUCUUAAAUCAUCCUCUCUCAUCCUGAGAAGUAUUGAUGAGCCAUAAUCAGUCACUGUGGGAACUCUUGUACAGUAUGUCCCCAAAGCUAAACUCUGCUUAUCAGAUUUUACUUUUUCUUUAGUUUUUCUACUGUGCCCUGUGUGUCCGAUUCCAGGGUGUGUUCUUCUCUAUCAUGUGAAUAAAAUAUUUUGGUUUUUUUUUGCGAAA